AUGUGUAAAGAUUUUGAACCACUUGGUAAAAGUAGUUUAUUUACCAUUCUCGAUACUUGUAAAGCGUCAACAAGAAAGUCUUUACAAGGUGUAAACUAUUUCGCUGCCGAAGCUGGAGAAGCAUUCGACAGUAUAAUAAAAAUGAUUGAAGACAGAGACGCUGUUUCUAGUGAAAGUAAACGAUUUAUUGAUAACUUGAAACGUGCUCGAUUUUAUUUGAAAUCUGAUUAUAAAGUGCACGUAACAAGAUCAAGCAAUAUUGCUGAUCAUUGUUGUGCUUAUGC